AUGGAGGAUGAUACUUCGUGCGGCGAAAAAGACAAGACGACCACCGAUGAAGAAAAAGAACUCCUUUAUAAUCGGGUUAAAGAACUAAAGUGUUCCAAUGCCAUCCUCCUGGCAGAGACUGACAUGUUUGAACAAUUUAUUGCCCGCCUGGAGCAACUGGACAUGGACACCAGGACUGGAGGAGAAGCUCCACAGGUAGCUGGAGAGUCCCAGUUGGAUGGUGGGGAUGCUGGAUGGAGGCAGAAGUCUCGUUCCAAAAAGUUAGAUGACCCUCAGCUGCUGUCCUUGGAGCAAAAACUUUAUGUUGCGAAAAGAGAAAUAAAAGAGACUCGGAAAAAUCGGGAGAAAUUCAAACAGAAAUAUGAGAAAAUCGAAGACCACUACAAGGCAUCAAUAAAACACGCAGAGCUGCGACUGGCUGAAAUAAAUAAGGCCAAGACUAAGUUCGAACGCAGAUUUCUAAGACCUAUGGGAGACCGGCUGGAAGGCAAUCAGCCAGAGAAGGUGCUUCGGUAUCUCGAAGACAAGCAAAAGCUUACCCAGCUAGAGAAGUUUCAUUUAAAGAAUCAGGCGCUGAAGAUCCAAGAGAAGAAGCUCCUGCAACAGCUCCAACAGAAAAAAGAGUUGGAAAAAGCAGACUAUGAGGUAUUUUUCCAGGAGUACAGUGAACCCAUAAUGGACAGAAACCUAGAUGAACUUCAAAUCAACUGUUUGAAAGCACAACAGAACCUGAACGCACACAAGGAGAAGCUGCACAGUGUUACUCUGGAGUCCACAGAGUUGAGCAACAACAUUACAAAAAAGCUUCAAAUGCUUGACAAAAUUGAGGAGGACAUUCAGCAUGCUGAGAGGGAGCGUUCAAAGGCAGAGGCCCUCAACCGACAUCUGCACAAGCAGCUCACAGAUUAUCGGGCUCCUGAAAUCAUCGAGUACGUGCAUGCCAAGGACAAACACAGGAAGCUGAAGCAGAGUGUUCGCAUUUGGGAGAGGAAAGUUGGGAUUGCUGAGAUGGCCUUGAAGACCCACACCGGAGAGCGGGGAAAAUACAGAGCCACUCAGACUCCCACAAACAGUGCCGAGCCUGGAACUAGGUCUGGGGAACACCAAAUUCCUGUAAAGCUCCCGCAUAUAGCAGAACACAACACUUAA